GAAUAAAUUAUAAUGGCAUUGCUAACUUAAACAAUGAAGUCUUGAGCUGUAACUACAAAAGAAGAUACAAAAAAAAACAGUAUAAUUGGGUCAAAUACUUCCAAAAACAAGAAGUUAGUGAAUACGUUUUGCGCACGUGUAAGCUACCUAGAUAAUAUCUAAUGUAUUUUGAUAAAGAAAUAGUGCGCAACGUAAAGCUUGCUGCCAAUAACGUACCCAACGUCGUGUGUACAUUGACCUACAAUAAUUUAGUAUUACCUCUGUGAAACAAGUCCGCUGCGGACACGAUAAGCUUCGCUAAUGAAGCAGUGAAAAGCUGAUGUGAGUGUCUACAUUCCGUAAUCAUGGAAAAAAUAUUGAGAGGAAUAAUGAGGUACCGUGUGUUGGAUCGCGCAAGUAUGGUAAAACAAUUUCAAGAAGUAAAAAACAAUCCUACGCCUAAAGCGGUAUUUUACACAUGCAUGGACAGCAGAAUGAUUCCAACCAGAUUCACUGAGACAAGCGUUGGUGAUAUGUUUGUAGUGCGAAACGCUGGUAAUGUAGUACCUCACUCACAGUACUUUGUGGACGAAAUGACCAGCUGUGAGCCAGCUGCUUUGGAGCUGGGCUGUAUACUAAACGACAUAAGACACAUUAUUGUAUGUGGACAUAGCGAUUGUAAAGCGAUGAAUCUUCUUUAUAAACUUAAGAGCAAAGAAGAAUCAAGUAUAGAACAAAGAAGACUGUCUCCCUUAAAAUCGUGGCUAUGUUCGCAUGCACACACAAGUCUCACAAAAUUUAUAGAAAUGAAUAAUGAUUUCACAAAGCCGAUGCUUUUUACGGGUGAAACACCGCAACGGAAGUUUGUCGCCUACAUAGACCCAGAUAACAAAUUUUGCAUAGAAGACAAAUUAUCACAGGUGAAUACACUACAACAGUUACAAAACGUGGCCUCAUAUGGAAUGUUGAAGAAACGGUUGGAGAAACACGACCUACACAUUCACGCAUUGUGGUUUGAUAUCUACACUGGUGAUAUUUACUACUUCAGCAGAAGGGCAAAGCGAUUUGUGAUUAUUGAUGAAUCUUCUUACGAGUCAAUACUGGCUGAAGUCCGAAGAUUCUACUCCUAACAAUUUAAGUAUAAUACUCAUUCUGUCUCGAACGCAUUUGCAUUACAUUUUAGUCGCAGAUAGAAGGCGAUAAUAUCGAACGAUUGCAACGAAAAGUUAUUGGCGGGAUUGAGAUAUGUGUAAUUGCGAUUUGAUUGCUUGUACUUACUAAGAAAAUUAUGUUUAUGCUUGUUUAGUGAAGGCUGAUGAACCGAAAUCACAAGAAAUACGGCAGUACGAGUCAGUAUGCUUUAACCAAAUAAGACAAUUUUAUAAUUAUGUAAUAUUUUGUUUGAGUUGAGUGUUUUAUUUGAUAAUGUUCAUUACUUAGAUAUCUAUUUUUUUAUAGAAACUUUUCUAUCACAGUAAGAGAUAGGUACAAACAGGUUUGGAAACUUAUAUAAUUGCAUGGAAUGGAGUAGGUAUUUAGAGUAGGGAUUCUUUCUGUAUACAUAAUAUUAUAAGAACUAUGAAGUACCUUUAAAAUGUCUUAAAUAGGAUGCGCUAUUGUAGUAGUGGUAGUGGGCAAAUUAAACAAAUUUACAUUUCGUUCAGUAAAUAGUACAGUACUCUUGUUACAGUAGCGACAUCUAUCUAAUACAUUUCGAUGAAGAUUUUUCAGUCGGAUAACCUAUAAAAGUACUUACUCCUUAUUAACUUCAUAUUCCAUCAUCCAUGCAAAUAAGAAUCUUUAUGCAACACGAUUGCUUAGCAAUAUACGAGGUAACUAGCAAUACAAAAACCAUGCAUACUUUCUAAAUAUUUCACAGAAUGUACAUAAUUGCACUUCAGUGUCAACAUUUAUCGAAAAUAACGAUCAUUUUUAAUUUUAUACAUUUUUUUUACUUUACCAUGAAACAACUUGGAAUGUUACGACUGAGGUGCAGUUUACGGUUUACACCUUCUAUUUUAUUAAUUAUUAUUUAAGACAAGGUUUAAAUAAGUAGUUCGUUUAUUAAUUUUAUUUAAUACUUUAAUUAAUGUUUUUAUAACUAUCUUGCCUUUGAUUUGGGACC